CUGUCCCUUCAGUGCCCUUCCUACUGCAGAGAUGCCCAACACCUUACCCGUCACUGUGCCUGUCAAGUUGUGAUUUGGUUAUCACAGAAGCUGUGGAAGAACUUGCUUCCCGGUCGCAGAUCACUUCCAGCCCGUUAUUUACCCCAGCCUAAGCCCCCGGGUUUUGCGGGAAAUUUGUGAAGACGCGAGGGUCGAUCCAGAGCAAUCGUACGGAGUAGCGCUUGACCACUCUUGGAAGACCAAUUAGUGCAACUGGCGAGACUUACAUGACUUGACCUCAGUAAGCUAGAUCAGAAGAGAGCGAUGGUUAACGGCGAGACGGCUUGGCGCUACAGGCAGCUUCUCGCUAUCGUGGGUUUGCAGCGCCAUCUCUAAUCUGGACCAAGGCUGGGAUAUAUCAUCCCCCGUUGUCUUCGUGAUUAACUCUGAGAAUCCUGUGAAGACCACCAUAUCAUGAUUCGAGGAUGGUGAAGAAAGGAACCAAAAGUACUAUGUUCAUAAUGUGGUCCUUUCAUGAGAUCGUCUCCUGAAGGUGAGUGGUAAGUGGCUGACGUAUCAUUCGCACUGGACAAGGACAGGCGACGUUGCUCCACGGUCAUUGAUAGAGAAGGUGCGCUUUACACCGGAAGGCGUUCCUUGCGCCUUCCCACGUCGAGAUGUUUUGGCAAGAACAGCAUGUUGGCUUUAUUCCUGCGAUUGACUUCGUCUCGUCUAACUCUUUCCUUGACUCUUCCUGCGACUUGUGUCUGUACCGUUCAAGGCUGCGCCGGGAACCACAACUUCAUUCUACAGAUUCUACCUCACCGCGGAAACACUCCAAAAGCCUUCCAGUAAUACCCAUAUGCCAUGAUCGACAUCGUUAAGUUCCAAUGGAGCAAUGGGCGGUGAAAGAUCCUCCGAGGCGCUUUCUACUUGGAAAGAAGACGUCGCGCGAAGAUGCCAGAUCAAUCCGAUUUCCCCUGUCUACACGGCUAGACACGAUCACUCGUCCGAUUUCAGCUCUAGCCCGGCAUCGUGUGCACCAACUUUCGGACAUUCACGAAGUCUCAGGAUCUUCAAAGACUGCCAACACCCCGAAAUUUCCAUCAGAAUGGACCGAUGGCGGCGACGAGAGACCCAAAACACCCCCUCUCCCUCAUACCGACGCUCUUUCGCACACGACUUCAUCCGAGUAUCUUACGCCCACCGCACUACGCCUAGGACCACGAGAUCUCACUGCUUUGGGCGACCGCACAGCCAGUGCCAUUAGUCUUCCCCAACGACGCGUACCUGAGAGAAGAUCUUCGGCAAGUAUCUUUUCUCGAAGUCUCGCUGGGUCAAAACAAGGUUCACUGCAAGAGUUGCCUACAUGGAAAAUGCCGGAGUUGGACGACACCAGCAACGUUAUACCCACCAGAGGACGUCUUGAAUCUCCCGUUCGUCGUGCCAUCAGUCGCAGCGCUCAGUCAUCAGAAAGAUUUCGACCCUCUCUAGCGCGGACGUUCAUUCGCACUGCUCCACCACAUGAGAUCCUGGACAAUAGCAGUGUCCGACAUCCGCGCGUUGACUUAUCCAUACGCCUACCUUCACCUCUCUUCGUUGGGGGAGGUACCGUCGAGGGGCAAAUGUCCAUCGAGGUAGAUGGCGCCGGACCACGGAGACCAAAGUUGAAGCCAAUUUACAUCUCCAAAGCUUCGGUGGACGUCAUCGGCGUGGAGGAGAUCAGUGAUGGAAGAAGAUGGGUGUUCCUUUCUCUAGCCACGGAAAUGUUCGAUAGGGAAAAUCCACCUCCCCCAUCUCUGGUCGCAUCCCAAUAUCCUCAGGACAGUCCAGAUCUGUGGUGGGAGCUGAAAUCAGCCAAAACAACGGUCCCGUUCUGCAUCAACUUGCCCCUGAAGCUCGGACCGCCGCCAUACGCGUCCAAACCGGCUGCCAUACGGUAUCUCUUGUGCCCCUCGCUUCUAAUCAAAGUGGGAGACAAAAGAAGUGUCGUCAGGCAAACCUGGAGUAUUCAAAUGCUCACUGUCCACGAUCCAGAAAAAGCUCUUGCGAGCCUGCCAAGUCCGCUGUUGGCUGCCGAUACAUUAUACCUCGCCAAAGAACCUGAAAUCCAGACAGUCAAGCUGACUGCGGGCCUUCACAGGCAGACGUGGGUCAACGGGGCGAAUAUCUUCAUUGACAUCCACGUUGCCAACAACACUGCCAGAUCACUCAAGAAGAUUGAGGUGCAGUUGGAGAAAACCACCUUGUGGUAUACCCAUGCACCGGCAGGGACGUUUGAAAAGAGUGCGAACCAUCUCCGAUUGCCAAAACGCUCCGACACCGAGAUUGUCAGUGGAACAACCGUCAAGAAGUCCGACACCUGGCAAGGGGUACCGUCUCAUUCUUCGGAGGUCAGAACUAUCGAGCUUGAGGCACCUCGUGGCCAUGUCACUAUCAGCACUGGUAGGUAUUUUGAGGUCAGAUAUUUCGUCAAUGUCGUCGUCACUGUCAAAAUGUUCAAAACCAUUGCAGUGCAGCUCCCUGUCACCAUCAUACCGAUCAACUCUUUGGAUAUCUUGCCAAAUUCCCUCGCACAGGUGGCUGCAUCCAUCGAGGCGAAGCGUGCGAGAACAGUUCCAGUCCCACGGAAUAUCUCUGCACCAACAUCGUAUCAUCAAGGUCAGGCCUUUACCGUUCCUGUGAGACGCUCUUUAGAGACCACAAGGAAAGAGAAGGACAACCUUCCGCUCACGGAUAUGGACAACCUCAAAGCCGACGUCGAUAACUCUCCGAGGAGAUCGCAUGGCUAUGGUCACCGUCAAGAAGGGUUGAUCGGCAAUGGAGUGGACGAAAACGCUGCUCCGGGACCAUCGAACAACGCUUGUUCCUCGCAUCACCAUGUGAAAAGGCAUCCAAGCUGCUACCAUUGUCAUAUUACCGCUGGAGAUGAGGCGUCGCCAGUACACGAGGGUCCGCGGCUACCUCGACUCCAGGUGUCGACCUCUGGGCUUGGAUUCUCCGAGUCAGAAUUUGAUGUGCCUGCUGAUUCUCCUCCUCGGAAGGUCAUGCUCAGCGAACGAGAGCGUAAUAUGAUCAAUCAACAGAGAGAACUCCGCAAGCGAGAGGACCGGAGAGACAAGAAAACAAAGCGGCCCAGCACCGACAUCAAGCGCGGAGACGAGCCACGUCGAUCGAGAGAGCAGUCAAGCUACAACAACGUGGUGGCCAGCGCCAAAGUAGAGCCGAAGCUACCAGAACUUGGAGAUGCUGGUCUUGGUGGCAUCAGAUCCCGGACUGGUAGCAUCAAAAUCGGCACCUCGAAGCCGCCAUCAAAGAGGGCAGUGGCUGUGAGGUCCAGGUCCAAGACGAACCCUGAGAGGCUGGCAAGGGUUCUGUCCGCUAAGAAGCCACGCCGAAUGUCGAGUGUGGACCGUGGACGACUUCCUGUUGACGGCCCUGGGUACGCCGGUACGCAACGAAGGAUGAGUAAAGAGGUCGGAUAUCGUCCUAGUCUAGAUCGGCUUUUUUGAGGGUUGCGGACACAGAGACGAGCACGAUUAGUGCACAAGCAUGGUAGAGUGGUAUCCUCGUACGGAAGAGAUUUCCUUUGGAAGCACAGAAAGUAAGGACUCACUCCUGGAUAUGUAUGAUAGGAUACAUUGCGCCCACCUUGUAAAUUAGACAGUGCAUCAGCUCGAUAGCAAAGUAUGAUUGAUUCCCUAAACCCAGCUGAGGCUGGUCCUCGGGUACAAUG